AUGGAGGAGCCUAAACACGGCAUCGCCGACGUCGGCGGCUCUCCUCUUUCUGGUGGACGUGGGAGGCAUAGGCAGAGGAAGAGUGAUGGGGAGGAAGAGAAAGCAAGUGGCAAGGCGACGGGUCAUGCAUUGCGCCAGAAGGGUCGACUCGUAGCAAGGAAACCAUCUGGCGGAAGGAGGGGCAAUCAAGCAGAGAGGGGGAAGAGGCCGAAACACGGCGAAGAAGACCCGGAUGGAGCGGAGGAGGAGGAUGAGGGGGAUGAGGGGGAUGAGGAGGAGGAGGCUGAUGAGGAGGAUGAGGAGGAAGAGGAGGAUGAGGAGGAUGCGGAGGAGGAGGAAAAAGAUGAGGAGGACAAAGAGGAGGAGGAGGACGAGGAGGGGGGCGAUGUGGAUGAGGAGGAGGAGGAGGACGACGGCGAGGAGGGGGACGGCAACGAGGAGGGGGACGAUGAGGAUGAGGAGGAGGAGGAAGAGGAGGAGGAGGAGGAGGAGGAGGAGGAGGAGGAGGAGGAGGAGGAGGAGGAGGAUGAGGAGGAGGAGGAUAAGGAGGAGGAGGAGGAGGAGGAGGAGGAGGAGGAGGAGGAGGAGGAGGAGGAGGAGGAGGAGGAGGAGGAGGAGGAGGAUGAGGAUGAGGAUGAGGAGGAGGAGGAGGAGGAUGAGGAGGAGGAGGAGGAGGAGAAGGAGGAGGAGGAGGAGGAGGAGGAGGAGGAGGAGGAGGAGGAGGAGGAGGAGGAGGAAGGGGCGGAAGAGGAAGAGGAGGAGGAUGUGGCGGCACAUGUUCUCCUUUCCCAUACCACCCCCUCUCCCUCCAAAUAUAACAUGGUUUAA